AUGCCAAGGCAUGGCCUGCUAGCAGCCGCUCUGUUGCUGCUCCUCGGACGUUUGACGGAGGCCACAAAUGUGAACCCACUCGUGCUGCUUGUAUCGUUCGAUGGCUUUCGGCACGACCUACUCAACGAAACCACGGUCCCGAAUAUCUACAAGUGGGCGAAAGAAGCCGUAUGGUUCGUCAACGGGUCACAGAGUCAGUAUGUCACCUUUACGGCACCGAAUCACAUGAGUAUCGCCACUGGGCUGUAUGAGGAAAACCAUGGAAUUGUGUCGAAUUUCUUCUUCGACCACAAGGAUGACAAACAAUUUGACUAUUUCAACUACACGGGUAGGAGAAGCGACAAAGAGAUGGAUUCGAGCUGGUAUCUUGGGGAACCCAUCUGGCUAACCAACGAAAAAGCCGGUGAUAGCCGUAAAUCCGCCGUUCUUGACUGGCCGAUGGUUUGUUGUAAUUCUCGAAAACACUAUCUUCUGCGCAGAGCGUGGAAACAUCGCGGGAAUCUGACGACGUGGAUCGAAGAUAUUGACACCAUGCUCGAGCAGUUUCUCGAUUACGGCGUCAACUUUGGAGCUUUUUAUUUGGCCGAGCCGGACUCGGUGCUUCAUGAAAACGGCUUCUACAAUGGCGAAUUCAAUAAAACGAUCCAACAAGUUGAUAAAGCGUUCGACUACUUGAUCUAUCGAGCAAAAGCGCUCAACUUGGAGGAUCGGCUGAAUAUUAUAUUGACGGCCGAUCACGGACAUGCUCAGAUCCAAGGCUAUAAAUCGGUGUUUUGUAUUCGCGACUAUGUUCUGGGCACUGGCUUCGAGAUGGGUGACCAUAUGAUUUAUCCAACGGAUGAUGACCAUGCAAACGAAGUCUUCAAGAAUCUUACGCGCGCCAAAGAGGAGGGCUACAAGAUUGAAGUGCUUUGGAAGAAGGAUUUGUCGCCGGAUCUGCACUACAAAAAUUCGAGCAGGGUCGGCGAGAUUAUCAUCAAUCCAACGAUCGGAUCCGGUCUCUCAUUCUCAUGCAGUCAAAAGGAGUAUGAGAAGGAAUACGGUAGGCGGCACGCUGCUACGAACAACAAAGUCCCAGGGCCAAAUGGUACAAAGACGUUCCACUCGUCAACACACGGGAUGGACCCGAAGCGCCCGGAAAUGAGGGCGCUGCUGGCGAUGCGUGGGCCUGCUUUCGAGUCGAGGAAAAUGAUUACUGAAAUCCCCACAAAUAUCGAUAUCUACCCUCUGAUUUGCAGCAUAUUAAAGAUUACGCCGGCUCCCAACAACGGUUCUCUGACUAUUAUCAAGAAAGCACUGAAGAGCCAAGCAAACGCAGCCGAAGCUACGACCUCUGGAACGGAGCGGCCACUAUUCCCGUCCGACGGUCCCAUCGGACACUCGAUGUUUUAUAUUGGGUUUACGGACUCGCUUGGCUUCCUGGUAAUAUUGGUGCCAUCUUUAUGCAUCGUUCUGCUCAUCUUCGGGUUGAUGUGCCGGAACACGGUACUGAAGAACGACCCGAAUUGGACACGACCCGAGGCGACGCGCGGCUACCGGCCGCUGUCCUUUGGCAAUGCGGAAGAGGAUGAGGAAGAGGAUUUUCAAGUCUUGUUCUCGCGAAGAAACAACCCCUCUGGGGAGCUCAAUGUGACGAGCAGCAAGAAGAACAAGAAAAAGGAAGACACAAAUGUCCUCCUCGACGUCGGGUCCAGCAGCGACGAGGACGUUAUA